CCUAACUCACUUGCACUUACCACAUUCAAUAUCCCCGCUAUACGCUACACAUUACAAGCACGAUGUCCUCCCAACAACAACAACAACCUCAAACCCUAAAUAUCACACUCGCCUCCCGCGCCUCCCAACUCGCACAAAUCCAAACCCACAUCGUCCGUGACAAACUCAACUUUGCCUUCCCUUCUACACCUUCGCACAAGUAUGAAUUCGUGGAACGAUUCAUGAGGACUGCAGGGGAUAAGAAUCAGGAUAAGGCGUUGUAUGUUUUGGGAGGGGUUGGUGGGGCUGCGGGUGGGAAGAGUCUUUGGACUGAGGAACUUGAGGAUGCGCUUUUGCGUGAACCUGAGCCUCCUACGAAGGAAGGAGGGGAAGUGAAGGAGGGGAAGGAAGGAGGGGGUGAAGAUGCGACGAUUGGCCGAGUUGACAUGCUCGUGCAUAGUCUCAAGGACGUACCUACUACACUCCCACCUGGCUGUGAACUAGGCGCGAUAUUGGAACGUGAAGACCCUGCCGACUCGCUCGUUGUUAAACAAGGACUGAGUUACAAGAGUUUGGAUGAUUUGCCUGAGGGAAGUGUAGUGGGUACGAGUAGUGUGAGGAGAGUUGCACAGUUGAGGAGGAAGUAUCCGAAGUUGCAGUUUGCAGACGUCCGAGGAAACUUAAACACCCGUCUAUCCAAACUCGACUCCCCCACCGGCCCCUACACAGCUCUCAUCCUCGCAAAAGCCGGUCUAGUCCGCCUCGGAAUGGGCUCACGCAUAACAGCCGACCUCACACCACCAACUCUCUACCACGCCGUCGGCCAAGCAGCUCUCGGCGUAGAAAUCCGCGCAGCCGACCCACUCAUCAAAUCCCUCUGCCUCGCUCUAAACCACCAACCAUCAGAAUGGAGGUGUAAAGCUGAACGAGCGAUGUUACGCGUUCUCGAAGGCGGGUGUAGUGUCCCUGUUGGCGUUUCUACCACUUUGAUUCCGGUGGGGAAGGAUGAAGACCCGAAGCCGAGAGCGAGACUGACGAUUACGGGUACUGUGACGAGUUUAGAUGGGUUGAAGCAUGUUGAGGAGACGUUGGAGGAUGAGGUUGGGAGUAGCGAGGAUGCAGAGCGGCUUGGCGAGAAAUUGGCGAAGCGGCUCGUUGAGACGGGUGCGAAAGAGAUCUUAGAGGAGAUUCAGAAGGAUAAAGAGAAGAGGGUGGCUGCUGAGGCGAACAAGCAGUAAAACAGAAAAAUAUUUGAAUAGAUAGACGACAGUGUAUUCAUUUAAAGUGAUUAUCUUGGGUAAAAAUAUAAGUACAACCACCUUUU